AUGAAGGAUCCAUAUUUCAUGAUGACACUUCUUAUUUCAGGUCCUAAGUCUCCCGGCAAUGAUAUAGAUGUAUACUUGCAACCAAUGAUUGAAGAGUUAAAAGAAUUGUGGGAGGGGGUGGAGACUUAUGAUGCAUACUCAAAAACUAAUUUUAUGAUGCGUGUGGCUAUCAUGUGGACGAUUAAUGACUUUCCUGCAUACGGGAACCUUUCAGGAUGGUCAACCAAAGGUAAACUUGCAUGUCCUUGUUGCCAUAAAGACACACAAUCGGUUUCUUUACAUAGUAAGUUGUGUUAUAUGGGUCAUCGUCGCUUUCUUCCAAUGGACCAUCCAUGGCGUAAAAAUAGGAGGUUAUUUGAUGGGAAAAUAGAGAUGGGUGUUGCACCUAAUCCCUUAACAGGUGACAAAGCACUUGAGCAAUUACAAAGUUUGAGAAAUGUGACUUAUGGUAAAGGGCAAAAGCGUAAUGUUCCCAAUGAUGCUUACAAUUGGAGGAAGAAAAGUAUUUUUUUCGAAUUGCCUUAUUGGAAGACUCUUAUGUUACGACAUAACUUGGAUGUAAUGCACAUAAAAAGAAAUGUGUCUGAUAAUAUUGUAUCUACUGUGAUGAAUAUGGCUGGAAAGACAAAGGACACAGUGAAAAGUAGAUAUGACUUGGUGGAUCUUGGAAUCAGGCAAGGGUUGCACCCAAUUGAAGAUGGGAAUAAUGUUUUAUUACCGGCAGCAUGCUAUGCAUUAUUCCCAGAUGAGAAGUUGAAGGCAUGCACUUUCUUAGCUAAUUUGAAGGUUCCUGAUGCCUUUUCAUCAAACAUUUCAAGGUGUGUCAACAUACAAGACAAAAGGAUACAUGGAUUGAAAAGUCAUGAUCACCACUUAUUGUUGCAAGAUAUUUUUCCAGUAGCUAUACGUGGCUUGUUGCCCAAAGAAGUGUGUGAACCAAUUAUAGCAUUAGAAUUUUUUUUCAAGAAUCUAUGCUCUAAGUGCUUGACAAUUGAAGAUCUUAAUAUCCUAGAGGCUGAAAUUCCUAUCAUAUUAUGCAAACUUCAAAUUGUUUUUCUUCCGGCGUUCUUUGAUGUUAUGGUUCAUUUGCCAAUUCACUUGGCAAGAGAGGCAAAGCUUGGUGGACCAGUUCAAAAUCGAUGGAUGUACCCUUUUGAGAGGUACAUGGGAACACUUAAGUCAUAUGUUCGAAACCAAAAUUGUCCAGAAGGUUCAAUUGCAGAAGAUCUUGCGACUGCACAAGGAAAUGCAAAUGAUGAGCUCAUAAGCUUAGCAAUCGGUCCUAGACCAGUGGUGCAUCGAUAUUCCACAUUGAUGGUGAAUGGAUUUAGAUUCCAAACGAAAGAUCUUGAAUCAAGAAGAAAAACGCAGAACAAUAGGAUUCUUGUGAGAGGAGAUGAUUCAGACUUUGAGAAGGAGUACUAUGGCGUAUUAGAGGACAUUUACGAGUUGUCGUAUCUGGGAAAUAGAAAAUCUGAACAAGUCUUCUAUGUCAAUGACAUGGUUGAUAAAGAUUGGCUUGUUGUUUUAAAGACAAGUCCUCGCGACCUUUUUAAUAUGCCUGAAGAGGAUGAUAAUUGCAUAAAUGUUGAAGAUGAAGCAUUACAGAAUGGAGAAGCUUAUCAACAAGAGGAAGCUGAAUUUAAUAUGGAGCGUAAUGGUGAUCAAGAAAAUGAUAUUUUAGUGUCUGUACACAGGGAUGAUGUUGAACCUCACAUCAUUAAUUAUGAUCAUGCAAUAGAACAAGCUGGGACAAGUGGGUAUAAUGAAGAAGAUGGUUUCAUUAAUGAUAAUGAUAUAGAUAUGACCGAAGAUGAAGAAACCGAAGAAGAGAUAUUUGAUGAUAAUGAAGGAGAGGAUAGUGAUAUGGACUGA